AUGCUUUCGAUGGAUGUGAAUAUGUAUCUCCUAACCACCUUAAUACGAAACGCGUCUGAGAAAAAAAACACAUUCUUGAAUCUAGUCUGGAAAAUAGACAUGAUAAAUAUCAUCAACUGGAGAAAUAUCUACCUAUUAACCAUUCCAUUGCGAAUUGUCUUUACAUUAUCAAACUCAUACAUACACCCCGAUGAACAUUUUCAGUCCCUAGAAGUUCUUACAAACAAGAUACUUGGUUUUGAAACGAAUAUACCUUGGGAAUUUGAAAAUCCUGCACCCGCAAGGAGUUAUAGUCCAUUGUAUAUCAUAUAUGGUCCUAUAUUGUACUUCAUCAAAAGCCUUAACUUGGAGUUGUCUCCAAUACAGAUUUGGUAUAUACUUCGAUUACAAAAUUGUCUUCUUAGUUGGUUGGUUACGGAUUUUUGCUUGUAUUGGAUGUUACCAGUGAAACAUGAACGAAUUAAGGCUGUAUUUUUCACACUGACUUCAUUUGUAACGUUGGUGUUCCAAAACCAUUUGUUUUCAAAUAGUAUCGAGACAUUGUUGUUGGUGUCUACUAUUUAUAUCGUUGAUGACUUGAGAUAUAUUCAAGAGCAUCCAGAUUUACAUGGUGUAAAAAAAACCACCUCCUUGUUUGUGUUGGGAAUGUUGGUGUCAAUUGGUGUAUUCAAUAGAAUUACAUUUCCGGCAUUCUUGAUUCUUCCUGGUUGGUUUGUACUAACUUACAUUGUCAGUCAUUUGCCAUCGGUAAUACUUUUGGUGUUGGGAUUUAUUAUUCCAUCCAUUGCAUUUGUACUAUUCGACACUUGGAUGUAUCAGUCAAAAGAUUUUGUCGUCACACCAUUGAACAAUUUACUUUAUAACGUGAAUGUGGAUAAUUUGGAGCUACACGGUCUACACCCUUUGUACACACAUGUACUUGUUAAUUUACCCCAGAUACUCGGUCCAGGCAUAUUAUCCUUCAUUUCGAAAAGGUAUUGGAAAACAACCCCAUUUUUAUCAGUUACAAGCGGUCUCUUAUUUCUUUCGUUGAUUCCACAUCAAGAGCUUCGAUUUCUUAUUCCUAUUUUACCAUUGUGCUGCUGUUGUUUUGAUUUGACCCAAAAAUGGGUCUCACCUUACUUGAUCUAUGUGUGGUAUUUAUUCAACUUAACUAUGUCCUUAUUAAUGGGUGUGUUUCAUCAAGGUGGAGUCGUUCCUAUAUUAAGCUACAUACGUGAAAACGAAUUGAAAGGCACUCAAAUUUGGUGGCACACCUACUCCCCUCCACCUUGGUUGUUGGGAAGUCAUUCUGUUGAAACAACCUCGUUAGAUGGAGUCAAAAGAUAUGACAAAGACUAUAUUAUAAUUGAUGCGAUGGGGCUGGACUUAGAACAAGUCGAGGCUUCAUUGUAUAAAAGAGAGGAGCCAGUGUAUUUGAUCACUCCGAUUGCUUCAUUUCAUAAUUUCAAUGAUAGUCGCUUCAAACCAGUUUACAAUUACACAUAUCAUAUCGAUUUAGAUCAUUUAGACUGGCGCAAUUUUCAGCUAGGCUUGGGCAUGUAUGAACUAAUUCUAUAA